AUGGUACAGCAAGUCGCUGUGGCAUUGUAUGACCGGGGUGACUUCUCGCGCGGGGACAAGCGGCGAGUCUUUGGCUAUGAGGCAUAUCACUGGGCCAUCAUCAUCAUGCCCGAUGGUCACGAGGAACGAGACUACCACGCCUUCUCUGCUACCGAUGUAUCCGAGAUCAAUCCAGUCACUUUUCGCAUGCACAACCCUACCAUGACUUGGUGGCUCCGAGCCGAGGAAAAUGUCAAGCCAGAUGAAAACGCCAAACCGCUUGGGUGUAUCAUUAUCGGAGAAGUGCCAGAAGAUGUCACGUUUCCUCAACUAGAUGAUCUGUUUCACUCUAUAUCUCUGCCGGUAAAGAACACGCAUCCGCAGCAGAGCUGUGUGACUUGGAUCGUGUAUGCCGUACAGGCCCUCCAGGAGCAAGGUUGGGUAACGCAGUUUGAUCUCGAUGAGUUCAAAGACCGGGUCGUCUCUUACGCCGACGAGAGGAUGGAAGGCUCAAGCUCACAGGUCAUAUUCUAUCAAUCUUAG